CAACAAAAGAAGGAAAUGAGAAAGUUGAUAUUUUGAUCAUCAAUAUCAUCAUAUUUACCCAUUUUAUAUGUGCUUUUAGUGGGUAAUACUCAUCAUGCAUGAUGCAUAUGAGGCUGCUCCAAUUUUGGAGAAACUUCCCUUGCAAAUCGAAUCCAUUGCUUGCUGUGAUGACACACUGUUGGUCGGUACCAAGCAAGGUCACCUCCUUGUAUAUAAAGUCAAACCCAUCCCAGGUGCAGCUGAUUCCAAAUAUGACGUCGCCCUGGAGAUGGCCAACAAAUCAUUUGCCAAGCGGCCUAUAACCCAGCUAGAAGCAGUGCCUCAUCCCCAGUUUCACAUUCUGAUCAGUCUCUCUGACAACCAGAUCAGUGUCCACGACCUGUCUGUUUUUGCCCAGAUUACAACUCUGACUAAAACCAAGGGUGCAACACUAUUCUCGAUCGACCUGAAGGAACAAAAAUCACUGAGUGGUGAAGUCCAGUAUACUCUACGGAUGUGUGUAGCAGUGAAAAGAAAACUGCAGCUGUUCUAUUACAAAAACAGGGAUUUUCAUGAGCUUCAACCAGAUCUUGGUGUGCCUGAUGUACCUAAAGCAAUGGCGUGGUGUAAGGAGUCCUUGUGUGUUGGAUUCAAAAGGGAUUACUUCUUGAUUAACAUCAGUGAUGGCAGCUUAAAAGAUCUGUUUCCAACCGGGAAGCAGCUAGAACCUACUGUGAUGCGAUUGACUGAUGAUCGACUGGCCCUCAGUCGUGAUGAGAUGACCAUAUUCAUAGAUUCAGAGGGAAAUCCAGCACAAAAAUAUGCACUGACGUGGACAGAUAUUCCUGGUGUCAUGGAGCACCAUCCGCCUUACAUCAUAGCAGUGUUACCCAAAUAUGUUGAAGUCAGAACAAUAGACCCGCGGUUGCUUAUACAGAGCAUAGAACUAAAUCGGCCAAAGUUUAUUUGCCAGUGUCGGAGAAGUGGGCAUCUGUACGUAGCGUCUGGUAACUUUGUGUGGAGAUUGGCAAGCAAACCCAUAACUGCCCAAAUCAAACAGCUUCUGGAAAGCAAAGAAUUUGAAUUAGCUCUCAAAUUAGCAAAUAUGACAGACGACAAUGAGGUAGACAAAGCCGACAGAUUACAGAAGAUCAGAACACUGUAUGCAUUUGAACUGUUCUGUCAACACCGAUUUGAAGAUUCUCUAACGAUAUUUGCUGAGCUUGGCACAGAUCCCUCCCAUGUGAUAGGGUUGUACCCAAACUUGCUUCCCCAGGAGUACAGAAAGCAGUUGAACUAUCCCGACGAGCUGCCAGAACUGAAUGGUGGGGAGCUAGAAAAGGGUCUGCUAUCCCUCAUAGAUUACUUGAUGGAAAAAAGGAAUUCACUGAUGAAAGACUACAAUCAGAACAAGGAACUCCGUGCAUCUGCUAUCGUUGAAGGAAAUGCAACCAUCAAAUCAAAGCGGAGAUUAGGCACAAUCAUAGACACAACAUUACUGAAGUGCUAUAUAGAGACAAACGAUGCGUUGGUCGCUCCAUUGUUGCGUUUGAAGGACAGUAACUGCCAUGUGGAAGAGAGUGAGAGGGUGCUAAAACAGAAAAACAAAUACAGUGAACUCAUUAUACUCUAUGAGAAGAAGGGCAUGCACAAAAGAGCCCUUGACCUCCUGUUCAAGCAGUCCCAGAAGCCUGGGUCUCCAUUAAAGGGCCAUGAGCGAACAGUCAUGUACUUACAACACCUGGGCAGCCAACAUCUCAACCUGAUUUUUGAGUUUUCUGAAUGGGUGCUGAAGACAUAUCCUGAAGAUGGUCUCAAGAUUUUUACAGAAGACAUUCUUGAAGUUGAGACAUUGCCAAGAGAAGAGCUGCUCGACUUUUUAGAAAGAGUUGCCAAAGACCUUGCUAUACCCUACCUAGAACAUAUAAUUUCUAAUUGGGAUGACACGAAUGAGAGAUUUCACAACCGUCUCAUCAACUUGUAUAGAGAAAGAGUACAGAGUUUGAUGGAUGACUACAUCAGGUCAUUGCCUCAGGGAAAACCAAGAGCAAGAGCUGGAGAAGAGCCAGGCGAGCUGGGCAAAUUGAGAAAAAAGCUCAUCAAUUUCCUGGGAGAUUCUACCUAUUAUACUCCAGAGAAAUUACUUACGCAUUUUCCAUUUGAUGCAUUUUAUGAAGAACGAGCGUUAUUGCUUGGUCGACUAGGGAGACAUGAACAAGCAUUGGCCAUCUAUGUGCACAUCCUUCAAGAUGUCCACAUGGCAGAAGAUUACUGCAAAAGAACAUAUGACAAAUCACAUGAAGGCAACAAGGAGGUGUAUCUCUCCCUGCUGAAGAUGUAUUUAAGCCCACCUGACUUACGGACGAGUCUUGGUAUCAACCCGCCACAUGGCUCACAGUUAAAGUCCAAUAUUGAGGCAGCCCUCAACUUGCUCAAGGACCCUGUAUCAAAGAUGGAUACGGCAAAGGCAAUUGAGAUGCUUCCCUCAAACAUCCUAGUCCGUGAUAUCUUAGCAUUCCUCGAAGAUGUUUUGGAGGAGAGGGCAGUCGUUAAGCGUGAUUGUCAGAUCCUCAAGAGUCUACUUUAUGCAGAACAUUUGCAGGUCCAAGAACAAAGAAUGCAUUACCAGAAAGUGCGAUGUGUCAUAACUGAGGAGAAGAUGUGCCGCGUCUGUCGCAAAAAGAUCGGCAACAGUGCAUUUGCUAGGUAUCCAAAUGGUGUGAUCGUCCACUACUUCUGCUGCAAAGACCCGAAGAAACCUCCCGUCGAUUUGUGAUGUUGGCCUCUCCUGUCGAGAAAGUUUGUCAAUCAUUCCAGAAAAGGAUAGCCAAAACUAAAGAUGCCAAUGUUUAAAGGCCUAGGCCAUUCGUUCAUGUUCAUUGUAUUUUCUUGUGGCCCAAGUAAAUAGAAAUAAACAUUGCCAUAGUGCAGUUGUUAUUCAUUUGCUUAAA